AUGGAGACGGAGGUGGUGAAUCCAGAGGUGGGAGCAGGUGCGGCGAUGGAGGCGGAGGUGGCAACUAUGGAUCCAGAGGUGGGGUCAAGGGGUGGCAAUGGAGGCGGAGGUGGCGGCUGUGGAUCCAGAGGUGGGGGCAUGGGCGGCAAUGGAGGGCAGGUGGCGUUGGUAGAUCCACAGGUUAGGGCAGGGGCGACAGUAGAGGCGGAGGUGGCGAUGGGGGAUCCAGGGGUGGGGGGUAGGGGCGUCAAUGGAGGCGGAGGUGACGGCUGUGGAUCCAGAGAGGUGGGGGCAGGUGCGGCAAUGGAGGUGGAGGUGGAGGUGGUGGAUCCAGAGGUUAGGGCAGGGGCAAGUUUGGAGGCGGAGGUGGCGGUGGUGGAUCCAGAGGUGGGGCCAAGAGCGACAAUGGAGGCGGAGGUGGCGGCUGUGGAUCUAGAGGUGGGGGAGGGGCGGCAAUGUAGCGGAGGUGGCGGUGGUGGAUACAGAGGUUAG